AUGAUCUCUACGGAUGGCAACCCGACCAUACAACAUUUUGCUUUCGAGCAAGGCUACUCUAGUCAGCCGGUUUAUCCUCCUGGACCACAACCUCAAUACUACUCAAGUAAACCGCCAUCACCAUCGUAUCCUUCUCCGUUUCCUCAGCACCCCCUAGAGAACCCUCCUUUAAGGCGAGACGUGGGCGACGACGACGCAACGCGGUCAAACUCCGCUGAAGGAUAUGCGCCAGACGCUCUACCUCAUAUAUCACACCCUAUAACAGCCUCUAAUCCUCCACAGCCUCUCCAGUUGGCAGUAAUAUAUCCUCCAGUCGGCCACCAACGAUACAUGGGGUACCAAAAUGGAUCCCCUGUGCCUCCUCCAUUGGGGGCGGGUUGCCCUACCAAUUGUCCACCACCAACACCAACGCCCGCACAGAAACCCUCGUAUGAAUCUUACGACAAUUACCCUCCAGCCUCAGACCCUUUGUAUGGUGCAUACAUCUCGUCGGAGGCGGCAAAAAGGAAAAACAUGAGAGCAUCACUGGCUUGUGAUCAAUGCCGGCAGCUCAAGGCCAAAUGCGACGAAACCAAGCCCUGCAAAACAUGCCGUGAUAAACGCACGGAGUGCGUAUACCGCGAUCCAGUACCGAAAGGGACUGACAAAGCUCAAGCGGAUAUUCUGAACGCUAUUCAAACUGUGAAACAUCUUCUUACUGGUUUGAUCGAGACAGUUAGGUGCAUGGACAGUAAAAUGACCCAACUAGAUGGCACAGUGGCCAGACUGGAGUCCAAUGUUGGGAGCCGUCCAAAUGAUGAUUGCAUCAAGAUGGAUUGUGUUGCGGACGAAGAGCCAUAUGCGCCGCCACGAAGCUCUUUUUGUAACGGGCUGAGCCCGAUAUGGCUCGGCUUGCACUCUCGCCUUCGGCCCGGCCCCCGGCCGGGACCCACCAAUAAGCGAGAUUAA